UCAAUCGAGAAUUUUAUAUACGUCGUUCUUGUUCUUUGAAAACGGAAUUUCCACUCUGCUUUAACGUCCAGUUCGUUCUAGUUGGCCUGAAAUUCGAAACCCUAGUUUGCUUUUUAGGGUUCUUAGAAAACCCAAAUCUUUUUCUUUUCUUUUUAUCAUUUACAGAAUCCAAAUCAUAUUCAAAUUCAUAGCCACCUGAAAAAUAACGGUUCUGUUAAAUUCAAUUGAUCUGUAUGUAAAUUCAAUUGUUUCGAACCUUGGAUUGCUAAAUUUUGAUCCAAAGGUGGUUAUUAAAUGGCGGAUCAACAAGAAGAAGAGGACCUGAGAAUGGCUCUACGGAUGAGCAUGCAAAACUCGCCACCAGAGCCUAAGAGGAGCAAGCCGAGGGAAGCUGUUAGCUCAGCCACGACGACGCCGGAGGAGAGCCGACGGUUGCAGCGUGAACUCAUGGCAGCCGCAGCUGAGAAACGGAUGCUGGCGGCGGCUAAAAGCGUUUCGGCUUCUAGUUCCCCUUCAAAAAGCGAAAGGAGCGGAGAUUUAGGAAGGAAAGAGACCGAAAUGAAAGCCAAAGAAGCGAAUUUGGGUAAUGAAUUGUCGGAGGAAGAAGCUUAUCAGUUAUUUUCAAUGGUUUUUGGGAGUGGGGUUUCGAAGGAUAUACUUGCUCAGUGGAGCAAUCAGGGUAUAAGGUUUAGCCCUGAUCCAGAAACUUCUAUGGGCCUAGUGCAGCAUGAAGGUGGGCCCUGUGGUGUCUUAGCAACCAUACAAGCGUUUGUGCUCAAACAUCUUCUUUUCUUUCCGGAUGAAUUAGUUAAAGUUACACCAAACAUACCACAGAAUUUGAGUUCCAGGAGAUCAUCCAAAAAUCAAUAUGUUGCGUUAAAUAAUUUUGCUGCUUUUACUGAAGAAGCAAAAGCAAGAGCCCUGGUUAAAAGUAUGGGUGAGAUAUUGUUUUUAUGUGGAAAUAAUAAAAGAGCUGUAAUUGCAACUUUGAGUGCUAUUGGCUAUGGCAUUGAAGGAUCUGAAGACAGUCCAAAGGACGUGAUCAUUGCGCAAGCACUUGAAGGUCUUUCAAUUGAAACACCUUCUGAUUUGCAGAAAGUUUUAAGAGUUGACACAUACACAACACCCGCAAGUGCCUUUAAGAGGCUCGAAGCAAUGAUUACUGUUUUUCAAAGUCGCAUGGGAGCAUUGCUAUUCCUUAUCUCUGCAUUACUUUCUCGAGGAUUGGACUGGGUUCAAGCUGACCGGGAUGAUCCCAGCCUUCCUCUAGUAACUGCACCGUUUGGGCAUGCUUCUCAGGAAAUUGUGAACCUAUUGCUCUGUGGGCAAGCUGUUCCAAAUGUUUUUGAUGGAAGGAUGGAUUUAGGUGGUGGCAUGUUUUUGAAGGGUAUAUCUACAAAUGUGGAAGUUGGAUUCCUCACUCUCCUAGAAUCCCUUAAUUUCUGUAAGGUUGGCCAAAAUCUAAAAUGCCCAAAAUGGCCAAUAUGGGUUGUUGGGAGUGAGUCCCAUUAUACGGUGCUAUUUGCUCUGGAUACAGCUGUUCAAGAUGAGAAUGAACUGGAAGAAAGGGAAUCACAGAUCCGGAAAGCUUUUGAUGCCCAGGAUCAGAGUGGGGGUGGUGGCUUCAUUAGUGUGGAAGGUUUCCAUCAGGUCCUCAGGGAGACAAAUAUCAGACUUCCAUCUGAGAAACUUGAUAGCCUUUGCAGCUCGGGCUUCAUUGUGUGGAGUGAGUUCUGGCAGGUUAUUUUGGACUUAGACAAGAGCUUGGGGGGUUUAAAGGAUUCAACUGGUCAGAUGGGUAGAAAGAUAUUUGAUCUUUACCAUUUUAAUGGGAUUGCAAAAUCAGAUUUGAAUGGCAGCCAAGCCACAUCUGGAAGUGAGACUCCAAUACAAAGACCCAGGCUUACAAAGUUGAGGGUUUCAGUACCCCCAAGGUGGACACCAGAGGAAUUCAUGGCGGAUGUGGCAGUUCCAUCUGGUGCUGCGGGGAGUGAUUCAAGUGGGAAAGACGCUGAAGUGGCUAAACCUGAACCUCCUCAGCAUGCACCAUUGGUGGAUUGCAUUAGAACGCGCUGGCCUCGUGCCGUUUGUAAUUGGGCGGGGGAUCCCCCUAGUAUAGUCUGAAUGUAUAUGAAUCAUGUCAGAGAUCCCUUUGGGGCCCUUGGUGGUGGGACUUGCGGAACAUGGUGCUCGAAAUUGGAAAGCAAAAUUUAAAUAAAAAAAAAAAGAAAAAAAAAAAACGAAGAAAGAAAAGCCGCUGGCUGCAAACCUGGUUGGUUGGUUUGCGCACAACUUUGGGCAAAUGAGAGAAGAGGUUAUUUUUUCUGGUUUUGUCUGUUCAGCUUAUGUGCAUGUCCAUUUCUGUUGUGUAUUUGCUUUAGCAUUGACAUUCUAAUUCAAUUUUCAUAUGUUAAAUGCUGAAGGAAAAGGAUUAUAUACAAUCUAUUUUGUCAAUGAAAUCUGCAUUCAUUCA